ACUCUGCUGAUGAGGGGGAGGAAGAGGGGUUCUGAGCCCACAGCCCUCUUUAGUGAACAGCUCUGAUGUCAAGAGAAAGGGGGAGUAGGGUUCGGGGUGAGGUUGUCAUCGUAAUAGGCUUGUCUGGGGAGUUGGAAUCAGGAUCAGUCUCUGUGCAGGGGUCAGAACCUGGUGUAGAGAGGACUGGGUAGGGGUUGAUGGGGCAGACACCGGAAAGGCCGGAGAACCUAUGGGCUGGGCUGGGAGGCAAGCUGCAGGAGAGGCAUGCGAAGUGAAGGGUUUGGUCUCUGCUAAGGCAUGGGCCCAGGCCAGGGGAUCGACAUGGGCCCAGGACUCUCCUCUUGGCACAUUGUGAGGGAGAGCCCCCCCAUCAUUGUGACCCGUGUACCCCUAGGAGCCUCUGGGACAGGAAUGUGGGCCGGUGGAUUCUGUGGGCACAGUGGGCUGGGGGCCUAAGGGCCCCAGUGGCCCUAGGGACCCCCAUGGCCAUGGCUGAGCGCCCCCAGCCCAGGUGGGCCUCAUACCACAGCCCCAACACCAACAACUGCCAGGACCUGGGCAACUCCAUUCUGUUGCUGCUGGGCCUCAUCGUCUGCAUUAACAUUGGCAUCAAUAUGGUGACGCUGCUCUGGCGCAGACUCCGUGGCUUCUUACACCAGGUAUUCCAUGUUAUUUGUGAGAAAGAAGCUUCUAAGUCACGCUCACCUGGGAAGCAGACCCAGCCCCCGAAGCAGUGCUCCCAGGCAGUUCACCUUCGAUGCACCGUGGACCCUGUGAAAAUGACCGUGACCCCCCCACCCACUCGCCGCCAUCGCCACCGAGGCUCUGCAGCGCGCCGUGCCCGCCGCCUGGUAGACUGGGUCCCUGACACUGACGAGGACAACGAGGAGGAGAGGCCCCCACAUCAGCGCACAGUAACCUCGCACAACUGGGAUUGCCCCGAGGACUGGGAUGGCUUUCAGUCCACCCAGAGGUUCUGGACUCCCUGGGCCCAGGAUGCCGUGGAGACACCCACCCAGACCAUCCGCUUCCAGCAGACUAUAGAGGAAAGACCCCUCAAAAGAGAGAUGCAGUCCGAGCUGGGCCUACAGGCCUACGUGUACCCUGUGAACCCCCCGCCCCCCAGCCCUCAGGCCCUGAGCCACAGGAACAUUGGAGGAGGGACAGGGGCAGGAGCCCAAGCGGAGCAGGAGCAGUGUUUGCCAGCCCAACCACCCAUCCUGGGCCCGGCCAACGUCCCGGACAUCCCCCGGCGCCGCUCCUCAGGCCGCAUAGCAUAUGACGCCAGGGACGUGAGGCGGCGGCUGCGGGAGCUGAGCAGGGAGGUGGAGGCCCUGUCCCACUGUUACCCCCUGGGCUCCGGAUCCAGCGCUGCUGAGGGGACAGACAAGGACUGGGUAUACCGUUCCAUGAAAGAGAGGUGACUGGGAGAAGAAUAAAAGAAAGAGAGGAGGUGG